AUGUCCGAGUCGACCGAAACCCCCGUCGUCGCCGUCAUGACAAACGGCACCCUCAACGGCGUCAAUGGCGACCACGCGCCCCGACCUCGCACCCCGCAGCCCAGCGGCAUGUCCCUGACCGAGUACAGCGCCAACCCGUCCACGCCGCCGGAGGAGAAGCGCAACCGCAUCAAGACCGUUGUCCCGGAGGACUACCUCCUCCCUGAUGGCAACCCAGACUACCUCCGUCUCAUCGCCGCCGCAACCUCCCGCGUGUACGAAGCCUGCAAGGUCACCCCCCUCCAGCCCGCCGUCAACCUUUCCAACCGCCUCGAGUGCAAUGUCCUCCUCAAGCGCGAGGACCAGCAGCCCGUCUUCAGCUUCAAGCUGCGCGGCGCCUACAACAAGAUGGCCCACCUCGACCCCGCCGUCAGCUGGAAGGGCGUCGUCUGCUGCUCCGCCGGCAACCACGCCCAGGGCGUCGCCUACUCGGCCCGCAAGCUCAAGAUCCCGGCCACAAUCGUCAUGCCCGAGGCCACCCCGAGCAUCAAGCACCUCAACGUCGCCCGGCUCGGCGGCCACGUCGUCCUGCACGGCGCCGACUUUGACGCCGCCAAGGAGGAGUGCACCCGCCGCGCCGCCCAGGACGGCCUCAUCAACAUCCCCCCCUUCGACGACCCGUACGUCAUCGCCGGCCAGGGCACCAUCGGCAUGGAGCUCUUUGGCCAGAUCAACAUGUCCAAGCUCGACGCCAUCUUCUGCUGCGUCGGCGGCGGCGGCCUCAUCUCCGGCAUCGGCGUCUACGUCAAGCGCAUGGCCCCCCACGUCAAGAUCAUCGGCGUCGAGACCUACGACGCCAACGCCCUCGUGCAGUCCCUCGCCAAGGGCGAGCGCGUCGUGCUCGACAACGUCGGCCUCUUCGCCGACGGUGCUGCCGUCAAGACCGUCGGCGAGGAGACGUUCCGCAUCUGCAAGGACGUCGUCGACGAGGUCGUCCAGGUCACCACCGACGAGGUCUGCGCCGCCAUCAAGGACAUGUACGACGACACCCGCGCGGGCCUCGAGCCCGCCGGCGCGCUGUCCAUCGCCGGCCUCAAGAAGUACACCGCGCAGCACCCGAGCGACCGCAAGCGCACCAUGGUUGCCGUCACCUCGGGCGCCAACAUGAACUUCGACCGCCUGCGCUUCGUCGCGGAGCGCGCGACGCUCGGCGAGGGCAAGGAGGCCCUGCUCGCCGUCAGCAUCCCCGAGCGGCCCGGCGCCUUCGCCAACCUCAUCAACACCAUCAUGCCGCACUCGGUUACCGAGUUCUCGUACCGCUACGCGACCGAGGAGGUCGCCAACGUGCUCAUCGGCAUCUCGCUCACGGCGCCGGCGUCGCAGCGCACGCAGGAGCUGCAGACGCUCCUCGAGCGGCUGCGCGCAAGCGACAUGGCCGUGACGGACCUGUCCGGCGACGAGCUCGCCAAGAGCCACAUCCGCUACCUCGUCGGCGGGCGCUCCAACGUGCCGCACGAGCGGCUCUACAUGUUCAACUUCCCCGAGCGCCCCGGCGCGCUCGAGAAGUUCCUGCGCACGCUGCGCCCCAAGUUCAACAUCAGCCUGUUCAACUAUAGAAACUACGGCGGCGACGUGGCCAAGGUGCUCGCGGGUAUUGUCUGCCCCGACGACGAGGUCGCGGAUCUCGAGACGUUCCUGACCGAGAUUGGAUACCCGUGGGAGGACUGCAGCCAGUCGGGCGUUUUCAAGACUUUCCUCCGAAGCUGA